CAUCACGUCACCAUAGCCAAUCCGCUGGUCACGACGUCCGUCAUACGUCCGCCAUGUCGGGUUUCAUCAACUUCAACUCCUUCGACGUCAAGAAGGCGCUGAAAAGGAAGAAAGGGCAGAUCUCCUCGGACUCGGAUUCCGAGCAGCAGGCCAAAGCUAAAGCCAAGCCCAAAGCAAAGCCAAAAGCGCAGCCUGAGGCAGUGCCCCUGCACCAGCUGGCAGCGACAGCCACCGACCUCUCAGGUGUGGCCGUGGUGUCACGGUUUCUGGCCUCGGCCCUGGCCGAGUGGCGGCGGCUUCGGCCGAGCUCCGAGACCUUGGAGAAGCUCCAGGCCUCGGAGCGUACGCUGGUGGCCUCGGAGCCCCCGAGCGCGGAGGUCCUGCAGCCGCUGGUGGACCUCGUGGAGAUGCGAGCUCCGGACGAUCCAGAAUCCAGCAAGGUAGAGCAGGCUUCAAUAGAUGCCAAUUCUGUGAUAUGAUCGCAGUUUUCAUUUCCAUUCAAUCAAGCUCUGGAUUGGUACUUUGUGGCUAUUUGAAUUACGCAUUGCAUGUUGUCCGACGUAGUGUCAUCAGACUCAGAGUCCUUCCUUUCAAGGUGUGUCGCAUGUCGCUUGCAAACGAGCAUUUGGCAGCAGAGAGGGCUCGGGCGUUAGAUUAUGCAAGCCUCAUCGGGCAAAAAAAAUGCUUUUGUAUGCUUGGACAGAUUGACAGACUAGAGCAAGUGUGCUUUUAUGGCGACAGAAGCCUCGAGACCAAUCCCCAAUCACUAUCUACGAUUCAAUGAAGAACAUCCCACAUGCCGACCAAUAUGGAUGCUAAGUUCCCUCCCAAGUCAGGGAAAAAGAGCAUUUUAACCAUUGGGAAAAUCAAAUUAUG